AUGUCAACAGAACGGCUCACGGUUCAACAUUUCUCGCAUAACCAUCCCUUGACCGAAGUCAACGUGGUUGGCACAUACACGUGUAACGGUUGCAAACUGUACGGUACAGGCAAGACCUACCGGUGUAACGACUGCGACUACGAUCUCCACGAAUAUUGCGCCACGUGUCCUCAAAUCCUCAGAUACUCAUGGCACGCACCUGAUCACGAGCUCAGCCUGAUCAACGGUCCCACGCACAUGACCGAGCGUGGGUGCUACGUUUGCCGAGUUUACAUCCAAGGGAUGUUCUACAAGUGCAUGCACUGCAGCUUUGAAUCUCACCCGCUUUGCACACAUGGUCCAACUCCAAUGUAUGCCUCGUCUCCGGAUGCAACGGUGACGACGACCACGAAGCAGAGAAGCCUGCAUGACCCUGCGGGACAUGGACAGCCAUCGUCGCCGCAACAUUAUGGUCAAGGAAACCCUUAUGGCUAUGCACAAAUGGGUCCGUAUGGGUCACAUCCUCAUGGUGGUGUUCAUCACCAGCAGCCGCACAUGAGCCCGGGUUCUCCAAAAACGGAACCAAAAGCAGAUUCAAGUAAGGGAAAGAAGAAAAAGGGAGGAUUUUUGGGAGCCUUCCAGGCUGUAGUAGCUGGAAGUGCUACGAUAGCAGCGCAAGUGGCAGUUGCAAUGGUUGCGGGGGAAGAAUAUCCUGCAUGA